CACGCCGACGAUCGGGGCCCCGGCGCACCACAGCAGCAGUCCCGGUGCCCCAGCCGCGUCACUGUCCUGGACCCCGCCCGGUUACCCGCUGCCUCUCCUCAGGACCGUAAUCAUGACGAUGCUCCAUCCCAAGCUUUGCAGCACAUAAGGAGACCACAGAACACCAGUCAGUGGUGAUGACAGACCCCGUGUUGGACUCACAGCCAACCAGCAACACUGGGGAGAUGGAUGGACUGUGCCCUGAGCUAUUGCUGAUCCCCCCAUCUCUCUCUAACCGUGGAAUCCUGGAGCCCGUCCAGAGCACCUGUCCUGCUGAGAACCCCACACCUUUGCCUGCUGACCCAGGCUGUCUACUGGUAGAGGCCACAGCAACUGAAGAGGACACAGGGAACAUGGAGAUCAUUGUGGAAGCAGUAACUGGAAACCUGUCCCCAGGUGCUCCUGGAGAGACCCCAGGUGUCCUGGUAAAGGUGGUGGAGGUGUACUUCUGUGAGCGCUGUGAGCAGAGCUUCGCAGAGCCCACUCUGCUGGCCCUGCACCAGUGCACUGAGACCCUUAUACAGCCUCUAGCGGACCUCUCUGGCCCCCCAUGCCCUGUAGAGCUGACCCCCAGCAACCUCCCUCUCUCUGGCCCUCCUCAGGGCCAGGGCCCACCAGAUAGCCCCCUGCCGUGCCCUGUGUGUAGACAGGAGUUUGCCCAACCCCAGGCCCUGAAGAGCCACUUCAAGAGUCACCGGAGCACUCCCGACACCUUCCCCUGCCCGGAGUCUGGCUGUGCGUUCUUGGCAGAAGAUCGCAAGGGUCUGCAGCACCACCUGAGGCUGGCCCACACCGCAGUUCCUGUGCCGUGUUCUUUCCGGGGCUGCCCCCUGCUCUUUGGGAGCCAGCAGGGCAUGGAGCUGCACCGGCAGGCCCAUUACCCUUUCCACUGCAACCACUGCAGCUUCAUGGGCUCCAACGUCAAGCUCUUCCGGCAGCAUCAGCGGAACCACGGGGCCGGGACGCAGGGAGAACUGUCUGCCCAGCAGAGUCCUCCAUCCCAGGAGCUGCUGCCAGCCCCCAAACUGCCCCCUAGAGAGGAAGAGCCGUCAGAACGAGCAGAUACGCCCUUGCCCAGGCAGGAGUCAGCAGACGAGGAGGACGUGGAGGAAGAAGAGGAGAGUGGUGCCCUGAAGGACACCCAGAAAGCCCUGGAGAAAGGCCAGGGGCCUCAGCAGUUAGAAGGGGAUGUGGCUUCUGGCCCCGGGUCCCUCUUCAAGACCCACAUGUGCCCAGAGUGCAGGCGCUGCUUCAAGAAGCGGACGCACCUGGUGGAGCACCUGCAUCUCCACUUCCCAGACCCCAGCCUCCAGUGCCCCAGCUGCCAGAAGUUCUUCACCAGUAAGAGCAAGCUCAAGACCCAUCUGCUGCGGGAGCUGGGCCAGAAGGCCCACCGCUGCCCUCUGUGCCAUUACAGCGCGGUGGAGAGGAAUGCGCUCAACCGCCACAUGGCUAGCAUGCACGAGGACAUUUCCAACCUGUACUCGGACACCUACGCCUGCCCCGUGUGCCGCGAGGAGUUCCGCCUCAGCCAGGCCCUGAAGGAGCACCUCAAGAGCCACACGGCGGCGGCCGCCGCGGGGCCCUUGCCCCUUCGCUGCUUUCAGGAGGGCUGCAGCUACGCGGCCCCCGACCGCAAGGCCUUUGUCAGGCACCUGAAGGAGAGCCACGGCGCGCGGGCCGUGGAGUGCCGCCAUCACGCCUGCCCCCUGCUCUUCGCCACGGCCGAGGCCAUGGAGGCGCACCACAAGAGCCACUACGCCUUCCACUGCCCGCACUGUGACUUUGCCUGCUCCAAUAAGCACCUGUUCCGCAAACACAAGAAGCAGGGCCACCCGGGCAGCGAAGAGCUGCGCUGCACCUUCUGCCCCUUCGCCACCUUCAACCCGGUGGCCUACCAGGACCACGUGGGCAAGAUGCACGCCCACGAGAAGAUCCAUCAGUGCCCCGAGUGCAGCUUCGCCACUGCCCACAAGAGGGUGCUCAUCCGCCACAUGCUGCUGCACACGGGUGAGAAACCUCACAAGUGUGAGCUCUGCGACUUCACGUGCCGAGACGUGAGCUACCUGUCCAAGCACAUGCUGACCCACUCCAAUGCCAAGGAUUACAUGUGCACCGAGUGUGGCUACGUCACCAAGUGGAAGCACUACCUCAGUGUGCACAUGCGGAAACACGCAGGGGACCUCAGGUACCAAUGCAACCAGUGCUCCUAUCGUUGCCACCGGGCCGAUCAGCUGAGCAGCCACAAGCUGCGCCACCAGGGCAAGUCCCUGAUGUGCGAGGUGUGUGCGUUCGCCUGCAAGCGGAAGUACGAGCUGCAGAAGCACAUGGCCUCCCAGCACCACCCGGGCGCGCCGGCGCCGCUCUACCCCUGCCGCUACUGCAGCUACCAGAGCCGCCACAAGCAGGCGCUGCUGAGCCACGAGAACUGCAAGCACACGCGCCUGCGGGAGUUCCGCUGCGCCCUCUGUGACUACCGCACCUUCAGCAACACCACCCUCUUCUUCCACAAGCGCAAGGCCCACGGCUACGUGCCCGGCGACCAGGUGUGGCAGCUCCGCUACGGCGGCCAGGAGCCAGAGGGGCCCGGGCCAUGCCCGACCCCCCCACCCGACUCCGAGCCCCCGGGCCAGCCGCCCGCCCAGCCUGCAGGGCCAGACCGUGACCCUGGGCCCGUGGUGGAGCCCCCCCUGGACCCGGCGCCGCCGGAGACCAGUGAGGAGGAGAGCGCCGGCAGACCGGAUGGCAGUGAGGUUCCGCCGGGGGCCGAGCUGGUUGGCAGCCCCAGUCCGGCGGAGGUCGAUGAGGCGGGCUGCACGCUACACCUGGAGGCCCUGGGGGUAGAGCUGGAACCUGUGGCCGAGCCACCCCUUGAGGGGAUGGCUGAAACCGCCCCUGUGGCGUUCAGGCCCCUGGAUGCCUCAGGGCCCCUGAGACUGGAAGGGCCAGAGGAAACUUUGACACAGCUGUCUACCUUUGAAGGUGCCGGAACUUCUGGCUUGGGUGCCGAAGAAAAGCCCGUUCUGGAAAAGCCAGUUCCUGAGGCCCCCCAAAAUGCCCCUUCCUCAGAGGAGCCCCCUGGCAGCUGGGCGGGAACCUUCAAGGCCGCUCUGGCUGCCGAGAGCGCCCCCCUCCCCCAGUUCCCGGAGUCAGAGUCCUUACUCAGGGCCCUCCGGAGGCAGGACAAAGAGCAAGCGGAGGCUCUGGUCCUGGAGGGGCGGGUUCAGAUGGUGGUGAUCCAGGGAGAGGGGCGGGCUUUCCGCUGCCCGCACUGCCCGUUCAUUACCCGCCGGGAGAAGGCCCUGAGUGUGCACUCCAGGACGGGGUGCCAGGGCCGCCGAGAGCCCCUGCUGUGCCCCGAGUGCGGGGCCAGCUUCAAGCAACAGCGCGGCCUUAGCACCCACCUGCUGAAGAAGUGCCCCGUUCUGCUCAGAAAGAACAAGGCUUUGCCCACACCGGGUUCACCCCUCCGUCUGCAUCCCCUGCCCCCGGGCACCCAGGGCUCCGAGGAUGCAGAAGGUGGGAAGUGCCCGCCUGCACCGUUAGAAGUAGAGCUGGUGCUCCCCAAAGAUGCUGCUGCCGCGCUUCCUAAGGAGCCCGAAGAAGUAGAGGAGCCUCCUGGCAUGCUCUGCGUCUCCGCAGCCCCUCCCGCGGGGAGCACCUCACCCGCAGAGACCCCCGAGAAGUUCCACUUCGAGCAGGGCAAGUUUCACUGCAACUCGUGCUCGUUCCUGUGCUCUCGGCUCUCCUCCAUCACCUCUCACGUGGCCGAAGGCUGCCGGGGGGGACGCGGCGGGGCAGCAAAGCGAGGGGCCUCCCUUCUGAGCAGCGGGGACUCGGCCUGCGCGACCGGGGGGAGCGCGGAGUGCAGCCCAGGCAGUGGGGACCCAGCUCUGGCUCCCAAGCAGAAGGGGGCCCGCUUCUCCUGCCCCACGUGUCCCUUCAGCUGCCAGCAGGAGCGGGCCCUGAGGACUCACCAGAGCCGGGGCUGCCCCCUGCAAGAGCCUGGAGAGCUGCAGUGUGGCCUCUGCGCUUUCAGCAGCCCCGCCGCCGCCGCCCUGAGGCUCCACCAGCAGCGGAGGCACCCCGCCGCCGCGCCGGCCCGCGGGCCCCGGCCCCCGCUUCAGUGCGCGGACUGCGGCUUCACCUGCAAACAGAGCCGCUGCCUGCAGCAGCACCGGCGCCUCAAGCACGAGGGCGUGAAGCCCCAUCAGUGCCCCUUCUGCGACUUCUCCACCACGCGACGGUACCGGCUGGAGGCCCAUCAGUCCCGGCACACGGGUGUGGGCCGCAUCCCCUGCAGCGCCUGCCCGCAGACGUUCGGGACCAACUCGAAACUGCGCCUGCACCGGCUGAGGGUCCACGACAAGACGCCCACCCACUUCUGCCCGCUCUGCGACUACAGCGGCUACCUGCGCCACGACAUCACCCGCCACGUCAACAGCUGCCACCGGGGCGCCCCCGCCUUCGCCUGCCCCCAGUGCGAGGCCCAGUUCAGCUCGGAGACGGCGCUCAAGCAGCACGCCCUGCGCCGCCACCCCGAGCCGCCGCCCGCCGCGCCGGGCCCCGCCGCCGAGGCCGCCGCCGCCGGCCCCCUGCGCUGCGCCCGCUGCGGGCUGCUGUGCCCCAGCCCGGCCAGCCUGCGGGGACACACGCGGAAGCAGCACCCGCGCCUGGAGUGCGGGGCCUGCCGGGAGGCCUUCCCCAGCCGGCCGGCCCUGGACGAGCACCGGCGGCGGCGGCACUUCAGCCACCGCUGCCAGCUGUGCGACUUCGCGGCGCGGGAGCGCGCCGGCCUGGUCAAGCACUACGUGGAGCGGCACGAGGGCGAGGCGGCCGGCCAGCCCCCCCUGCGCUGCCCCUUUUGUGACUUCGCGUGCCGCCACCAGCUGGUGCUGGACCACCACGUGAAAGGGCACGGCGGCACCCGGCUCUACAAGUGCGCCGACUGCGCCUACAGCACCAAGAACCGGCAGAAGAUCACCUGGCACAGCCGCGUCCACACGGGGGAGAAGCCCUACCGCUGUCACCUCUGUCCCUACGCCUGUGCCGACCCCUCCCGCCUCAAGUACCACAUGCGGAUCCACAAGGAAGAACGGAAGUAUCUGUGCCCCGACUGUGGCUACAAGUGCAAGUGGGUCAACCAGCUCAAGUACCACAUGACCAAGCACACAGGGCUGAAGCCAUACCAGUGUCCCGAGUGUGAGUACUGCACCAACCGGGCCGAUGCGCUGCGCGUGCACCAGGAGACACGGCACCGGGAGGCGCGGGCCUUCAUGUGUGAGCAGUGCGGCAAGGCUUUCAAGACACGCUUCCUGCUGCGCACCCACCUCCGCAAGCACAGCGAGGCCAAACCCUACGUGUGCAACGUGUGCCGCCGUGCCUUCCGCUGGGCCGCCGGCCUGCGCCACCACGCCCUCACGCACACCGACCGCCACCCCUUCUUCUGCCGCCUCUGCAGCUACAAGGCCAAGCAGAAGUUCCAGGUGGUGAAGCACGUGCGCCGGCACCACCCCGACCAGGCCGACCCAAACCAAGGCGUGGGCAAAGACCCCGCCACCCCCACGGUGCACCUGCACGAUGUGCAGCUGGAGGAGCCCAGCCCCCCUGCUCCUGCCGCUCCCCCACCCGCGCCCGAGGGCUGAGAGCCCACGCGGCCUCCUGGGGGGCGUGGGCCGAGCCGUGCCGGCUGGAAGCAGAGCUCGCCUGCGGCUCGGGGCCUGAGGAAGGGCUGGCUUCGAGGAGCCCGGGCGGCCAGAGGCCUCCGGGGACUCAGGCUGUAGCACUGUGACGCUGAUGGCCACAUACCCGAGUGACAUGGACCACAAAUUGAUUUCCGGUUGGGGCACACUGUGUUUCUAACCCGUGAGUGCCCGACUCCUUCAUCGCCCCCCCAGAGUCCCUGGCUCUGCGACCUUGGUUUGACGCAUUCUCUCUUCCCCUGCCUCCUUGCUCUGCCAAGUCCGCACAGUGUAUCUAACUGCAUGUGCUGUCGCGCCGGCUGCUCUCUAAAGCAUGUUAAACAGAACGGUUCCUAUCUUACCGACGCGUCCACGUCCCUGACUCAACACGGCCAGGCUGUCCUGUCCAUCUGCCCCGUUCCCUCUCAGACCUCUGCGUCUCCUCUGUCUCCUUCCAUCUUCGCCGAGGGAUUCCGAAACGUUCCCGGGUCUGCCUUCUCUCUCUGUCCUUGAGCCUGUCUUGGCCCUUGCCCUGCUACUUAUUUCUGAGCCCCUUGGUCUGCCUGUAGACCCAGGAAGCCUCCCGCCCCGGAAGCAGCUUUAAUUCAGCCUCUCUCCUCAGCCUGGCUUGGCAGCUGCACGGGAGUUAAAGCACGAGACAGUGUGAAAGGCACGGGACUUGGGGGAGGCGGGGGGCCCAGGGAGAACCUCUAAUCCAGAAUUCUGUGAGUACCUCACGGUGACCAUAUGCUUAAUCAUUGAAACUGGGACACGCUGGGAAAAUGAAGAAGAGUACUUCUAGUCAUUAUAUCGGGACAGUAGACAUAAACUGGGACUAUUCCGGGCAAACUCUCGGGAGGGCUUGGAUCACAUAACCCUUUUUCUCCUCCUUUUGCCCUUAGGAGCCAUAUUUCUGUACCCUUCUAUGUAGCAC